AUGUCACGCGAGGACACGCUGUACCAGCUGAACAAGGACUUCGUCCAACAAGACGCCGCUCUGAUAAAAGACGUGGCCGAGUCGUGUUUGUAUGAUUAUGGAAAAUCGUACGAAGCGCUGGCCAAUUUGUUCCACGGCAACUCUUUGACGGAGCAGCCAAAGUUGUUGCAAAGUGUGCUGGUGCCAACUGAGGAGGUCGUGGACCGGCAGACGGUGCCAGAGAUGCCUCGCAUUUUGCCCGUGGGCUCGGACCUAACAACGGGGCCCAAUUCAACGGCACGGGCCCAAAGCCCAACACUCGGGAGUCGGGAGCCAUCCGAAAGUCAGCCCGUAAACAUUAGCAGCGGUGACACUGUGAUUUUCAACCCAUGUCCUUCAAGUCAGGCCUUGAACAACUCUUGUCCUCAAAAUGCAGCUAUCUGUAAAGUGUCUUCCGCCGGAAACACGACGCAUAUUCUUGGAUUUCAUGAAAAUGCCACCAUCAGCACUGUUAGCGCCAACACUCUAGUUCAAUACUCGUAUACCGAUGAUGAUAAUUCUUCAAAAAGCACGAGCGUCAAGUUGAUUUGUGCGUACAACGGCGAGGCUACGACCCUAGGACUGAUCCUGACGUCAAAAGAAGUUUGCUCGACUGACGUUCUGGACGAAGCAAAUGACGAUGAAUUUUCCUCUGGCGCCACAUUUCUCUUCAUCAUCUUUAGCCUGUUCGCCGCCUACUUCUUCGGUGGCAUGGCCAUUCUCAAGUACAUCAAAGGCGCUCAGGGCGUUGAAAUGAUUCCAAACCACGAGUUUUGGACGAGCUUGCCCUCCCUUGUCAAGGACGGCUUCUACUUUGCCAUGUCCGGAUGCAGAGGUUCACCGAGCUACGACAGAAUCUGAGAGUUGACACUCGUAAAGUUGUCCGGUGUUGGAUUACACAAGUACUGACUGACGAGUACUGAUUAACAAGUACUGACUGUACGUCGAGAUUUUUAGGGAUAUUUACUUACUAACAGUGAUAAGGAGAGCUCGAAUAAUCAAAUGAAAGCAGGAUCCUGUAAUUUGUGCUGUGUGUUCACAUCUGAUUUCUAUAUAUAUUUACUACAAUUAAAAUUAAAGGCAUAUUUUAGUAGGAAAA